ACUCCAACAAUCACAGUUCUGUGGUAAGUCAAACGAUAUGGACGGAUGCAUAGUCGGGGGCGAAUAGCACAUGUUGUUCUUUGUAUUCUGACGUGCGCGUUGCCGCCAUGAACACCUUUUGCGGCUCAAAGGGCAGCACGUGGGGCUGGCUCAGUGUCUGACACAGUGCCGUUUCACCAACGCGCGCAAGACACGCUUGCUGUUCUGCGAACAAUGCUUGCCAUAUAGCUCUCUAGAACCCGGGCUGACCAGCGCAUUUGUAGAUUCUACUUGAACAACCGCAGACGCAGCCUCAUUCCGCUUCCUCAGCUCUUCACCUGUCGACUAUCCAGCAAUCGCGACCCCGCAAUCACUGAGCACCAGCUCAAUUGACCCAAUUCACUGCGCAUCAGCGCAUACCAACCACCACAACCGCCAACAUGCCUCCAGCGGGGAGCGGUAGCUCUAGAAAGAUAUCUUUCAAUGUCUCAGAGCAGUACGAUAUCCAAGAUGUCGUCGGAGAGGGCGCAUACGGUGUUGUUUGCUCCGCGUUACACAAGCCGUCAGGCCAGAAGGUCGCCAUCAAGAAGAUUACGCCCUUUGACCACUCCAUGUUCUGUCUGAGAACACUACGAGAGAUGAAGCUACUCCGAUACUUCAACCACGAGAACAUCAUCUCCAUUCUCGACAUCCAGAAGCCUCGGAACUACGAGACCUUCACCGAAGUGUACCUGAUUCAGGAACUCAUGGAGACCGACAUGCACCGCGUCAUUCGCACACAGGAGCUUUCGGACGACCAUUGCCAGUACUUCAUCUACCAGACCCUACGCGCGCUGAAGGCCAUGCACUCCGCAAACGUGCUCCAUCGCGAUCUCAAGCCCUCCAACUUGCUCCUUAACGCCAACUGCGAUCUCAAGGUCUGCGAUUUCGGUCUGGCUCGAUCAGCCGCCUCGACUGAAGACAACUCGGGUUUCAUGACGGAAUACGUUGCAACGCGUUGGUACCGUGCGCCCGAGAUCAUGCUUACCUUCAAGGAGUACACAAAGGCCAUCGAUGUAUGGAGUGUAGGAUGCAUUCUAGCAGAGAUGCUUAGCGGAAAGCCUCUGUUUCCCGGAAAGGACUACCACCACCAGCUUACGUUGAUCCUCGAUGUGCUCGGCACACCCACCAUGGAAGACUACUACGGCAUCAAGUCCCGCCGAGCUCGUGAAUACAUCCGAUCGUUGCCGUUCAAGAAGAAGAUCCCAUGGAAGGCCAUGUUCCCCAAGACCAACGACCUGGCGCUUGACCUGCUCGAGCGGUUACUCGCUUUCAACCCCGUCAAACGUAUCACAGUCGAGGAUGCGCUCAAGCACCCCUACCUUGAGCCGUACCACGACCCAGAUGACGAGCCGACCGCCGACCCAAUUCCCGAGGAGUUCUUCGACUUUGACAAGAACAAGGACAAUCUGACCAAGGAGCAGCUGAAACUCCUCAUCUACCAGGAGAUUAUGCGAUAAACCUCUCUACGUUUCCCUCAACCGCGAGAUAUACACAAGAUACCACGAUCGAGUCGAUUUCCGCAACUUGUCCACAGCUAGCUCACUACCAUAUUCGAGGAAGGGUCUACAAUCAUCCUGUAAUUUGGAUUCGCAGCAGAAAGACAUAAUGUUAGCCAAAUGACGGUAGGAAGGCAUACGAGGAGAUUGCGCAUCGAAUUCGCGCAUUCUCAAGAAAGAAAGAAUCUCCUAUAACCACAGUACCUUAAGAUAGGAAAAGGCAGAAAUGAAUUGCUUCUUUGCAAUCUUGAUGUUGACCUUGCAUGUGUUCACGGAUGUGAGUGCUUUGCUUAAGAGAGUAUGCUACAUUUUCAACGCCCAAUCCAUGCUUUGGAUCUUUUCUUCCUCUUUGCUACCUCGCCUACUACGCUGCUGUCCGUCCCAAAUCACAC